AUAGGUUUGCAGGUAACAAAGCAGUUUACCGGACCGUAGCUCAUAUUUUUGGAAUUAGUAUAUCGACAGCACACAAGAUGAUAGAUAGUGUAAUAAAUUUUUUAACUGACGAAUUGGGCCCAUCAGUAAUAAAAUUUCCAAGUACUGAGGAAGAAAAACAACAAAAUGCAGAAGAAUUCGAGCAGAUUGCAGGGUUUCCAGGAGUAGUUGGAUGCAUUGAUGGAACAUUCAUCAACAUUCGUACACCUAUCCAUAAAAUUAAAUCAACUUAUGUCAAUCGUCACGAUAUCACUUCAUUAACUUUGCAAGCAAUAUGUGAUGCGAACCAAAAGUUUUUGGAUGUCUUCACCGGAGUACCGGGCAAGAUCCACGAUGCAAAAACAUUUUCAUUAUCAUUUAUUCGACCUAAAGUGCUGCAGAUGGGACGAGACUUUCAUAUACUGGGAGAUGCCGCAUAUCCAAUAAAUGAAAACGUCAUGACGCCAUAUCGAGAGUAUAGAGAUUUGACAGAAGAACAACGAGAAUUUAACUACCGAUUUUGUCGUACAAGAGUUAAAAUUGAAAAUGCUUUCGGGCUCCUGAAACAAAGGUGGAGGCAGUUGAUACGGACGGAUAUGUGGCGUGUUUUGAAAACAUCAAAAUUUAUAAUUUCAUGUUGCGUGAUGCACAAUUUAUGCAUUGAACGGAAUGAUUUUCUAAAUGAGUUAGAAAAUAAUGCAAGAAACGACCAAGAAAAUUUUGUAAAUCAUGACGACAAUGCUAGACUUGGUCAGCUGAAACGUGAUGAAUUGGCUAGACAAUUUGUAUAAAAAUUGACUCAAUCUCUACUACUAAACUUAACACAAAAUGAUGACAUAAUUAAUAUUGACAUUGUAAAAGAAAAUGUAUUGUGAAUUGUAAAGAAUAUAUAACGAUUGAAUAU